CAUACGCGACACUGAACGAGUUCCUGCGUCGACGUUCGGUCGCCAUGUUGUGAGGUUUUUAGGUAACGUUAGUGAGCACGUGGAAAGUGUGCUUAGUUAUUUGGAAAAUUUGAUGAGGAAACCGCUUAAUUCUGUGCAGAAUAAGUGCUAGACAAUCAACUAAGACUUUUAUUUCAUUAAAUACACCAAUAUAUAAACCUAACAAGGCGGUGGUCCUGUAUCUGUUGUUGCCAUGAUGGAGGUUUCUACAAAAGCAGUUAACCGUGGAUCGUCCAAGCAAUGGCUCCGUCCAGAUCACAGUUGUUAGCUGCGAGUAUAUUGUUAAUCCCAACAAUAGCGUGUAUUUACUGGUACAAAAAGAAGAGAAGUGGCGCACGAAGUGACCCUGGUGACCAGGAAUCGGCAGCUAAAACUGACGUUUCCAUUGACACUAAUAGAAGUUUAUCCAUACCUCUGGAUAUUGAGCAAAACUCGUCGAGAAGAAUCUCAGUAGAGCCAUAUCCCUCCGCACCCUGUGCUAUAGCUGACACACCUUCAAAACUUUCGAGCGUAGAAGGAAGUCCAAGUAGGAACUUCAGCCGUUCCUAUUCUGCCCCAAUUCCAAUUGUCCUGCCUAAAGAACUUCGUUCAACCAGAAACCUGAAUAUUUCUGACGAAGAGUUGGACCUUCAUAUUGAAAAACUCAAGUCUUCAGUGGUCAACACAGAUCCCUUCGAACUUAUUAAUCAAGGAAAAAUUACAAAUUGCCAAUCCCCCUCAAAACCAAGAAGUUCUUUUUCUUCUCCCAGCCAACAACUUUCAGUCAGUACUUCACCUGUUAAAGGGAAAGAUUUGCUGAAGGAACUUUUGACACCUACAACAGUUGCUACCUGUGAAGAAGAAUCAACUGUAGACAACCAGGAAGUUGUUCAAGGAAUUUCAAACAGUGUAAGCUUUGAUAAACCUGGAAACGCCGAAACGAUAGUAGAUUUAAUUGAACAGGAAUCUUCAAACGGCGACAUCUUUGAAAAACCUGAAACAAUAAUUGUCCAAAUAGUGGAAGAAAUAGUUGAACAGGCACUUUCAAAAUUAGAAAGCAUUGAGGCAAUUGAUACGAUAGUCGACAAAGAGGUCGAAGAAAUCAUUGCUAAAAAAGAUACCCAUCAAGGAACAGUUUCACCUGUUGCAAUCCUCGAAAUUAACCAAUCUUUGAACAUUGAAGAGUCUAUAAUACAAACUGAUUCUAACACUGACAAAAUGACUUCUACAAGUAAUAAUAUAAUUUCUGGUAAUGCAGAAAAGGUUCAAGAAGUAACCACCAAUUCUACCCAAGUGUCUCCUUCAGUCUGUACCGAAAAGGUUGACGAAAUAAAUCUUAACAAUGCAGAAGCAAAAACUGUUGAGGAUUGCAUGACUGGAAAUGACUUAGAUGAAACUCUUACUGAAGAAAAACUUAACGCUGUGGGUAAUAUACCUAGUUUUGAUGAGGACAUGCCCAGUUCUGCUGAAGAAAGACCCAGUUCUGCUGAAGAAAGGCCCAGUUCUGCUGAAGAAAGGCCCAGUUCCGCUGAAGAAAGGCCCAGUUCCGCUGAAGAAAGGCCCAGUUCCGCUGAAGAAAGGCCCAGUUCCGCUGAAGAAGGACCUAGUUCCGCUGAAGAAGGACCUAGUUCAGGUGAAGAAAGACCCAGUUCCGCUGAAGACAGACCUACUUCAGCUGAAGAAAGACCCAGCUCUGCUGAGGAAAGACAGAACUCUGCUGAACCUGUACCUGGUCCCAGUACAGGUGCUAUUCCCAAACAGAAGAAAAAAAGGAAAUUCAGAAAACUCAAUUGUGAUUUGAAUUAUGUAGGAGCCAAACUUAUGAAUGAAAACCAGAAAAAAUUCACUAACAAAGCACCUAAAAAGAAUGAACAAACAAACAAACAAAGCAGAAAUGAUAGUGGAUGUGAAAGAGAAGAUACACAUCCCCACAACAGCAGAAGACAAUCUGCUAAUCCAAGUCCUGAUGCGAUGCUUUUUGUUAGCUCUUCUCUAAGCAGUUUAAAUGAAAGUGAGAAUUCUCAUGAUAGCGGAAAAGGUUGCAGUGAUGAAAUCACCACCCCUCCACCACAACCAGAGCUGUCCACUAAGGCCGAAGCAGAAUCUGGACCAGAACCUGAAUCUGAAGCAGAAGCUGCAGCUGCAGGAAACGUUAAAUCUUUCUAUGAAUUCUUACUAAACAAGGAUCUAGUGGGCAAACUUAUCGGAAAAAGAGGAUGUUUCGUUAAUUUGAUUUAUACAAAAACUAAUGCUCAUGUUAUUGUAAAGGACCAUCCUCAAGACAAGAAAAAUAAAAUUUGUAUUGUGGAUGGUACCGAAGUAGCAAUAAAGAAAGCUCUGAAAAUGAUCAGACACAGGUUCCCGAAAGAAAAAUUAGAGCAAUUUUUACCGCACGAUAUUACUCGAACAGAACAUUGCUAUACUCCACAGUUGAUGUUGCCUGCUGGGAUAAAUGUGGAAACAUAUAUAAGUUGUAUGGUUAGACCGAAUCACUUAUUCCUUCAGCAACAAUUCCACCCAACUUACCCUCAUUUCAUGCACAUACACAAUACUAUGAAUAAAGACUACGACAGUGAUGAAGCACCACUUUUACCAAUGCCUAUUACAGCGAAUAAUAUGUGUAUAGCCUACACCUUCCAAAGUUGGAAUAGAGCAAUAAUUCUGUCAGUAGAUGAAGAGAAUGAAACCGCUUUUGUUAAGCCCUUGGAUUUCGGUGGAUAUGCUCAUGUACCUUUCUCGAAGUUGAAACAGCUAAGAUCAGAUUUGAUGGGUGUGCCCUUCCAAGCCACAGAAUGUUUCCUAGCAAACAUUGCACCUGUUGGUGGUGAAUGGUGUCAAGAAGCCCACACAUUAGUAUCUAAUUUAACUCGUGGAGUUAUGCUGUACACACAUGUUGUGGCAUUCACAGAAGAUAACAUUCCUUUAGUCAACUGCCAAGUUUUUUGUAACAAUCAGGCAAUAUGGAUAAAUCUAGAACUAGUGAAACAAGGAUAUGCCACAUGGAUCGAAGAAAUUCCAUCCACAUCCACACAGGUUGAAGAAAUUCCAUCCACAUCCACACAGGUUGAUACCAGAACACCUGUAGAGUGUUGAAUGUAUAAAAAAUGUAUGAAAAGAUGUUUUCUAAACAUCAGGUCUUGAAAAAACGAAAUUUUCUGCAGUCUUCAGAUCAUCUAACAGCUCAAUUUUUAUCAGAUUCACUAAACUGAUAUAUUUCAGUUGUUCAUUGUGUAUAUAAAACUCUCAUUAAUUUUUAAACAUUAUUUGAUAUUAAGUUUAGGUAAUCGACUGAUAAUUAAAGUUGAAAGUUGUUAACGAUUUUUAAAUGAUUAUUAGAUUUCUGUUUCGUUUUUUUUUUUUUUUUAUUUGAUUUGCAUAUAUUUAGGUUAAGUAAUUCGAUAUUAGCUCUUGUGAAUAAUAUUAAUAACAAUUGAGAACAUAUAGUCGUGGUCUCAAUCUUAUAUUGUGAUUUUUAGUUUUAGAUUUCAUCGUUACAUAAUGAUUUAUUUUAUGAAUUGAACUACAGUUCUUUUUUGUAUAUUGAGCAAUAUCUUUAGUAGUAUGAUGCUUGUUAGAAGUGUCGGUAAAUUUUACUAGUAUUUAUUUCGUAUUUUAUUGUUUCGUCAAUUUUUACUGUAUAAUUCUAAAACUCUUGGCAUUUACUUAUCAUUUCGAAAACUUAUUUUAGAGGAAGUGUCGAUUCUUCGUUCAGAAUAAUUUAUUUUGAUUUUGCCACUAUGUAUAUUUGUUACUUGAUUUUCGUGAACGGUUCAUUCUGUUGCGUGUAAUUAAUUUACUGGUGGAAAUUUCUUUUGUUCAAAUGAUCAUCGUCCUCUUCAGAUGAUAGAGAUACUGCCAAAAAAAAAAAUAUAUAUUUUUUGAAUUUUGAUAAAUACAGAUUAAUAGACGAUGAAACGUUGGGUACUCGCUUGUACCCAAAUUUAUUUGAACUCCUUGCUACUUAUUCAUGCCUAUCUCAAACAACAGCGCAUAUUGACUUGAUAUAGUCUUCCAGAAAAAUUUAUUCCUAAUUUUGGGUAUACUGAUGUAACUUUGUAAAUAUUGUACCUAAUAUGUUAUGAAAAUAAAGUAGUGUUAGCUGUACAAUGUACAUUGUAUUGGGGUUUUUUCAUAAUGGAAAUAUCUCUGAUAUCUAAGUCUACAACAUAACUGACAAAACUUGGCCUAUUGAAGAAUUAUAUUUUUGCUAGGAAAAUUUUGAUCAAUGCUUUUACUUAUACAUGUAUUUGUUUUUUUUUAUGUUGUUGAUUUAGAUGAUUCUGUUAAUUUAUUCAGUUGUCCUAUUAUUUAAGUUUUUCUGCAUAAGAUUAUUAUUUUCGUGGAAUUGAUAUGGGUAUUGCUUAAGUAUAUUUUCUCUCACUAUUAUGAUGACUAUUGUAAAUACGGAGUUCUUUUAUAUAUUAUAUAUAUACAUUUUUUGACUUAAAAUUAAAUAAUAAAACUUUACUCAAA